CGCCAUUUUGCAGGAAGAGGACAGCCAGGCCUGUAGGCGAGAGGGAGUCCAGCGUCUGCAAUGGCCAGUGUGCUCUGUAACAGAGCCAGAUUGGUCACCUACCUGCCAGGGUUUUAUUCCUUAGUCAAAAGAGUUGUAAAUCCCAAGGCUUUUUCUACAGCAGGUUCCUCUGGCUCAGAUGAGCCUCAUGUUGCUGCCACACCUCCUGAUUUGUGUCCCAGAACUGUCUGGCCAGAUGAAGUAAUGGGUCCAUUUGGUCCUCAGGACCAGAGAUUCCAGCUGCCUGGUAACAUUGGCUUUGACUGUCACCUAAAUGGCACUGCCUCUCAGAAGCAGCCCCAAGUUUCAGCAAGCCUGCCUGAUAUAUUAGCAGAGCCUUCUGCAAGUGAGAGGCAUGAAUUUGUCAUGGCACAAUACAUGAAUGAAUUUCAGGGUGCUGAUGCUCCACAGAAGCAGCAAAUAAAUAAUGCUGAAAGCUACUUUGAAAAUGCAAAGGUAGAGUGUGCAGUGCAAGCUUGUCCUGAGCUGCUCCAAAAAGACUUCCAGUCAAUGUUUCCAGAGGUGAAUGCCAACUGUUUAACAGUGCUAACUGUCACCCAGAAGACUAAGCAUGACAUGACUGUGUGGAGUCAGGAAGUGGAGGAUGAGAGAGAAAUGCUGUUAGAAAAUUUCAUCAAUGGUGCCAAGGAGAUUUGCUAUGCAAUUUGUUCUGAAGGCUACUGGGCUGACUUCAUUGAUCCAUCCUCAGGACUGGCAUUUUUUGGCCCUUACACCAACAACACCCUGUUCGAGACAGACGAGCGCUAUCGCCACCUGGGCUUCUCCAUCGACGACCUCGGCUGCUGCAAAGUGAUCCGGCACAACAUCUGGGGCACCCACGUGGUUGUGGGGAGCAUCUUCACCAAUGCUGACCCUGACAGCCCCAUCAUGAGAAAACUGAGGGGAAACUAGGAGCCACCCAGGGGCUUGGCAAGUUCUUCUGACCUCUUAAGAUCCCUCUGCUUGAUGCUCCUCUCCGAGCGUUGUCAGGGAACGCCGCCCGUUGAGGCAGAUAAUAAAAGUAGCUGGUAUUUA